AUGAGCACUCUUAAGUUUGCACAAAGAGUCAAAAAUAUAAAAAACAAAGCGAAGCCAAAUAUCAAAAAAUCUUCUGCAGCUUAUGCUCAGAUUAUAAAUGAGUUACGACAGAAGGUCCAAAACUUAAGUGAGGAAAACCAAAAGCUGACUAAUGAGCAAGAUGAAUUACUCAUGAGAUCUAGUUGUCUCAUAGUUAAAAACCUUACUACUCUAAUGGCUGACGAGAUGCCUACUUCUCCUUAUUCAGAAAGCGACAAUUCAAGCCACUGCUGACCGGGAAAAGGCGCAACUUUUUCAAAUCUUGUGGAAGGAUAUAUGCAAUGCAACACUGACUUCGGCAAUCUGCAAGAGGAAAAAACAAGCCUUACUCCCCCCCCCCCUCCGUGAGCGAACAAAAAAAUUUUGUUCGCUCACGGAGGGGGGUUAAUUUUUUUUUUUAAAAAAAAUUUAUAUAUAAAAUUUUAUAAAAAAAUAUGUUUUCGAAAUUUAAAAAAAAAUCCUAAUUUGCAAAAAUUGGGAAGCAAAUAUUAAUUUAAUUUGCAAAAUUUAUGUUUUAAAACGCAAUUUGUUUAAAAUUAAACAGAAUUAGCUCUAGAUUUCAUUAUACUAAUUAUCACUUAUAUAUCAAAAUUUUUUUUCCAUUAAAAUUUUUUCUAUUAAAAAAAUUUUUGUUCACUCACGGAGGGUGGGUUUUUGGUCAAAAAAUGGCGAUUUUUUCUAAUGGUUUUUGUUCGCUCACGGAGGGGGGGGGGGGAGUUAGCAAAACUAUAAAAGAGCUUGAAGAAGAGCUAAAUCAUGAAAAAAAGAAGCGAAUCCAGGCAGAAAUUCAAGACAGCCAACACUAUGAGAUGUAUCAAAGGCUCUUGCUAAAGCAGAACAAUAAGGCAAACUCAAUUGAAUAUCUUAAGAAUGAAAAUAAAAAUCUUAAGAACACCAUCGAAAUGCUUGAGUUUUACCUUAAUAAAUCUAGUCAGAGAGUGGAUCAUUUGCUAAAUAAAAUCGCUGCAGGCCAGACUAUAACUGAGUCGGAUUAUGGAGAAAUCUUGCCAGAAGCUAGCAAUGAUAACUUUAGUGCAAUUGAUAAUCCUUAUAAAACACUUAUGUCUGAAGUAGAUGAAGCUGUUGAAACUCCUUUUGACGAUAUAUUAAAAUCAGAUAACAAUUUCACUAACUCCCCCCCUCCGUGAGCGAACAAAAAAAUCUUUUUCGCUCACUGAGGGGGGUUAAUUUUUUUUAAAAAUAUUUAUAUAUAAAUUUUAUAGAAACAAAUUUUUUUUAGAAAUUUUAAAAAAAAAUCCUAAUUUGCAAAAAUUGGGAAGCAAAUAUUAAUUUAAUUUGUAAAAUUUAUGUUUUAAAACGCAAUUUGUUUAAAAUUAAACAGAAUUAGCUCGAGAUUUCAUGAUACUAGUUAUCACUUAAAUAUCAAAAUUUUUUUCCUAUAUAAAAAAUUAUUCUAUUAAAAAAAUUUUUGUUCGCUCACGGAGGGGGGAGAGUAAGGCUUUGCAGGAAGCCCUUGUAGAUGGCUGUCAAAUCAGUAAUGAAACCACUAUUUAUCAACUAAAAACUCAGCUGAUCCAAUCCGGCUUAGCAAACUGCGAAUUAUUAAGAAUCUACUAUGAUGUCCAGUGAAAGUAUAGUAUGCUUACAGAAAAACUGGCCUCGAAGAACAAACUAAUAAGUCACCUAGAAAGUUCAGUUAAACAGCUCGAAGCAUGCUUAGACCAAAUGCAUCUCACAAAUAUAAAAAUUGUAAACCUGGCAAGCAAAUUAGAACCUAUAAGCGUUCCUCGAGAAGAAACAAUCAAACCAAAGUUCGUCAGAAGAAUGAAGCCAGCGCGCACUAUUAAAUUUUGUAUGCAGCCAGAAUGUAAGAAAAGACAACAGUCUCAGGAUUUUGACUCAAAUUGCGAAGAAAAAGGGACAUUAGAAGAAAUAAAGGUUGAUCCAUUUAAGCUGAGAAAUCUUGAAAGCGAUUUGCAAAUUCAAACGAUCUACAAAGUGCAGAUUCAUAAAAGCUAUUAUCUGCUAAAGCAGGAAAACCAAGAGCUUUCUGAUCGUCUUAUAAAUAUCCAGAAAGAAAAUUUAUCAAUCUAUACACUUGAGAAGAACCACUGGAAAGUUUAUUUGGAGAAAUUCAAGGACCUCUGCAAUAAAGAGCUUGCUCGAAAGCAAACUGAAAUCAACCGACUCAAUGUACUUUUGGGAAAGUGGAUUGAAAUGUAUAUGGAGCUUCAGGAAAGUACUGGGAUUCCUUCAUCUGGAGAGUCUGGAAAGAAAGGGAAUAGAAGAACACUGUCGAUACAAUAUAUAGAGCAAAUCAAAUAUAUUACAGACCAAACGAUUAUUUCUAGAAGGCCAAGGGAGUUGAAGCUUGUGCAGUCUCCUCUUCAUAAGAAAUUCCAUUCACCGGCUAUCAUUUCAGUAUCUUCUAUACCUGGAGAUUCAAGUCCACCAUCCCCAUCGGAUGAAUAA